UCAUCACCCUCAUCACCCUCAUCACCGCACUCACUCUGUGUCCUCAAUCCCAUAUCCGUCUCUCCUCUGCUGCUCUGCCCGACACAGGAGAAUCACGAUUUUCUAUUCGGAAGUACCGUAUCAACCAUCUGCUGAGCUUGCCUCUCCCGCGGAAUCCCAGCGACACCGAUCGGAUCAGAUCAUAACAGCUCUCGUAGCUCUCAUACAAUGUCGGACACCGUCGACAAUAGUGUGGUGCCUUCCAUCGAGGGCCCCGAUGCCUCUGGCACAUCCAGCCUGGAGCUUGCUCAGACCAAUGUGAUCAACAGCACCUCCUCUGCCGCCAGCGCAAUCGUAAACCACCCUCUUACCCAGAGCGUUACCAGUGGCCCAGUUGUAGCAAAUGUCAAGGAACAAACCGCGAAGACCCAGCUCGAAUUGUCGAACCUCGCUGUUGCCCGCACCACCACCCCUACCAACACUGCUGCUAACGGCCAACGGCUCACCCACUACCACUCCUUCUUCUCAAGCCUGCUCUCAUGGGAGAAUCCCCGAGCCUCCGGCAUUGCCUUCGUUUCGGUUGUCCUCUUCAUCUUCGCUGCCCGCUACCUUGAUAUUCUACGAUACGUCUUCAAGAUCACAUGGAUGACUUUAGGUAUCACGGUCUUCGCUGAGGCCGUCGGAAAGGCUAUUUUGGGUACUGGUUUGACCUCGCAAUUCCGCCCAAGAAAGUACUACACACUUCCCAAGGAGACCCUUGAUACUCUGAUUGGCGAUCUUCACGAGCUCAUCAACUUCUUUGUCAUUGAGACUCAGCGCGUUGUCUUCGCCGAGAACGUCUUUGUCUCUGCUGCUGCUUUCCUUGGUGCCUUCUUCUCCUACUUCCUUAUCAAGGUUCUCCCAUUCUGGGGCCUCUCCCUCCUCUCCACCUUCGUCAUCUUCCUCACACCCCUUAUCUACAAGAACAACAAGGAAGUGAUUGACCACCACCUCGCCGAAAUCUCCAACAUCAUCAACCAACAAACCGAGCAAGUCAAGCAACUCGCCAGUCACCAUGCUGCUCGCGCCUCCGAUGCCACGAAGCAAUAUGUUGGAGAUUACUCUGCCAAGGCCCAGGGACUGCUUGGCAGUGCUCGUGGUCGUUCCUUCUCUCCUCCAGUGGCCAAGAAGGAAAUCGAGGAGGUUAAGAAGGAGAACGCCCUAACUUACAAGAGCGAGGAUUUCCCUGCUGCCCCUACGGAGAUCCAGGCUCCCCAGGUUGAGGCCAUUGAGGCUACGCCCAGUGUGCUGAAGGAGGAGGUCAAGGAGGCGGAGCCUCUGAUCGCCUCAUAA